GACCUUUAAAAAAUGUGGCUCUAGUAUAUAAACCCUGUGGUUUAGCCGCCCAGUCUCCGCUUUCUUCACUCACCGUUUUUUUUAACAACUCACACAAAACUUAUCAAACAUGUCUGGAGGAAAAUCUGGAGGAAAAUCCGCAUCUGGUUCCAAGUCCCAAACCCGUUCCGCUAAGGCCGGUCUUCAAUUCCCCGUUGGUCGUAUCCAUCGUCUUCUUCGUCGUGGUAACUAUGCCCAGCGUGUUGGUGCUGGUGCUCCCGUCUACCUUGCUGCCGUUCUCGAGUACCUCGCUGCUGAAAUUCUCGAAUUGGCCGGUAACGCCGCCCGUGACAACAAGAAGUCUCGUAUCAUCCCCCGUCAUCUUCAACUUGCCAUCCGUAACGAUGAGGAAUUGAACAAGUUGCUCGGACACGUCACCAUUGCCCAAGGUGGUGUCUUGCCCAACAUCCACGCUAACCUUCUUCCCAAGAAGACCAAGAAGGUUGGUGCUUCCCAGGAACUCUAAAGGGUUUGCCCACCAAAAUCAAAACCAAAGUUUUUUAUUUAAAACGAGAAUCGAACUACAUCACUUCUGCAAGAAGGUCGGAAGUUUCCUAGACGCUUCUCGC